AUGAUCGCGGGUCCCUUUGGACCCCGGGUUGGAACGAACCAGACACUGCUGAAGCUGGUGCCCCUCCUGACUACAAUAGGAACAGCCGUCUCCGGCGACGCCGCUCUGUCGCGGGGAGGUGUGUGGCCCGUACCUCCAUUGAUUCAAGCUCUGUUUCAGGAUGACAAAAGGAGGAAGAAUAAAGUGUGGAGUGCCGGCUCAUUCCAUCUGCUGGAGGCUGCCACAGUCCGGAAGACGGCCGUAGCCCACUCCAAAGCCCGUCUGGUCAUCAGUUACCUUUUGGUUUUUUUCCAGGUGUACUUUGUGUACCAGAACUACAAGGCUGACAGGAAGUCUCUGGAUGCUCUGGCCCGUAAGGCCCUGACCCUACUCCUCUCAGUCUGUGUCCCGGUGCUGUUUGUUGGUCUCGUGGCAAUAGACCAUAUGGAGUACGUACAGCCGUUCAAGAAGAAAGAGGAGCUGCGUAACAGGUUGUUCUGGGUGGUGGUGGACCUGCUAGAUAUCCUGGAUAUUCAGGCUAAUCUCUGGGAACCCCUGAAGAAAGGUCUCCCUCUGUGGGCUGAAGGACUGAUGUUCUUCUAUUGUUACAUCCUGUUGCUAGUCCUUCCCUGUGUAUCUCUUAGUGAGAUCUCCAUGCAGGGCAUCAAUAUAGUCCCACACAAGAUGAUGCUAUAUCCUAUCCUCAGCCUGGUCACCAUUAAUAUUUUAACCUUAUUGAUCAGAGGCUGUAACAUGCUGCUGUAUAGGGAUGCCCGGGUCAGUGGGAUCCUGAUAGGGAAGAAUGUGUUAGCUAUCAUACUAAAGACCUGUAGCUUUGUCCAGUACAGGAAGCAGUUACCGAACACUCCUCCCGCUUUCGGGUUGGAACGACAGAGGAACUCUGUACCACAUCACCAUGGUAACCAGGGUCUUGGACGCCCUGUUUCUAUAGUGAUGACCGCUCACCCGCAGGUGGUCCUCCCGGACCAGACAGCCCUGCCCCUCCCUCUGCCAGAGGUCACAACUACAUAUCAACAUACAUGA